GGUGGUUUCCCUUUCUCACACGAUCCUGCAAAUUUUCAGUCCUUUUCGGCGAGGAAAAGAGGUCAAAUCUUGCCGUCCCACCGAGGAAAACAAGCUAUUUCGCACUGGAAUCAGCAAGCCUACUACGCGGUUCUAGUGUAGGAAGUGGAGAGACCUCAAAAGAUGGCAGCGAGGGCACCUGACGCAGAGAAAAUGAUUCAUUGUUUUCUAAAGCAAAGGAGGAACGAGUGAUUUCCGGAGGUCUGAUGGGAGGGGACAAAGCGGCAGCACCAGCAGCGGCAAUUGAUGACGGCGUGGGAAGCGGUGGAAACGACGCACCUUUGGGCGUGAAACUUAGGAGAGCCGUCUCCGUGCGCAAAGGGGGCGGUCUUUGCACUCCGCCGCCCUCCUGGAAAUUGGAGGAGGCCGGCUCGUCGGACCCUGGGAUGGCCGAGGUGCACCGACAGUCGAUAUCCGCUCGCAAGCUCGGCGCUGGCCUUUGGGAAAUCCAAGAUCCGCGGCCGAUGCCCUCGGCCGAUCGUCGGGGCUCCAGGAUCGCUCACCAGCGCCGCAAUGGGAAGGCUCUGGAGGACGGCCCUCAUCCGUCUUCAUCUCGCCGGCAGGAGAAUUGGGAUGAAGGCUGUUUGAGAAAGCAUGGUGAAACUUCAUUAAGUAAACAUCAUGAUCUUAAUGACAAAAUCCUACAGCUGGAUUCUCCUGCAAGUUAUACAAGCCGCUCGCAGAUUUCUUCUUUUGGACGAGCCAUUAAUCCUGUCAGUGCUGUUGAUCACAAGGGUAUGCUAGGAGAUGCAGGCUUUAGAUCGAAGAGAUCAACAGAACUUUUAAAAGUAUUCAAUCACAUCUGGAGCCUGGAAGAACAGCAGGAGUCCAACGCAGCACUAGUGAAAGCACUGAAGAUGGAGUUAGAACAUGCACAGGCACGGAUUAAGGAACUCAUGCAGGAGCGGCAUGCAUUUCACAAUGAAAUGGAUCGCUUAGGGGAACAAAUUAAUGAGGCUAACAUAAUUAGGAGGAACAAAGAGCAUCAAAAGAUCCAAAAAGCAGUGCAGUCAAUAAAGGAGGAGCUUGAAGAUGAGAGACGGCUGAGAAGACGCUCUGAGAGUCUACACAGAAAACUUGGUAGAGAGUUAUCUCAAGCAAAAGCAGCUUGUAUGAAUGUUGCAAGAGAUUUAGAAAAAGUGAGCAAGACAAAUCUUCUUCUUGAAGAACUCUGUGAUGCUUUCGCUAAGGGAAUCAGUGAUUACGAACAUGAAGUGAGGCUGUUAAAGCAAAAGUCCCUAAAAGUUUGUGAUCACAAAGUUGACCGCUUGGUACUUCAUAUUGCAGAAGCAUGGCUGGACGAGAGGGAGCAAAUGAAUAUUGCCGAAGCUCAAGGAGAUCUGUCUAAUAGAUCGAUGGUUACAGACAGAUUAGGAAGUGAAAUUGAAGCCUUUAUUCAAGCUAAUAGGUCAGAUGAGAUAAAUAAUGGAAAUGUGUUUGAAAAAGAUGGAAAGCAAGAGAUCAAUGUCCGACGGCAAUCACUUGAGUCUAUGCACUUGAAUGGAACUACUAGUGCACCUCAAGAUGCAGAGGACGACGACAACGCUAAGGAAGAUGACAAUUCUGUUGAAAGUGAUUUGCACUGCUUUGAAUUAAAUGACAUUGGCCUUCCACAUCAGAAUGUUUCAAGCGUCACAGACAAGUUAGUUUCUUCUAGGAAAUUAAAUUCUUACUUGGAAAAGAUAGGAUUUUCUGAUAAGAGAAAGAACAAUGUUUUGUGGAAAGAAACUGAAUUCUGUGGGAGCCAAACGCAGCAUUUAAAUGGAAGACAAGGAAAGCUUUCAGACACGAGUGUUGAUUCUAAAGGAACGGAUACAAAUAAGUUGGGAGCAAAUAAAGCUCAAGUUUCUGACUAUAUCAAUUCUCAUGAAGCUUCACAAGAAAUGAAAUCACUGCCGGAUAAUAAGUUUGGAUUGGACCACCUGAAAGCUCAUGAAAUUCACGAGACGUCCGAUAGAGGAGAGAACCAAAAUGAUUCGGUGUCGACUGGCAAACUUAUCAUAGGACGAGGCUUUCCUCCCGAUGAUCUUCUGAAUGAUACAUCAACUGUGAGUCAUGAUCGCAUCAUCGAUCAACACAAAUCUUGCCAGUUGAGUACGUCUAGUUCUUCACUGAACUUAGCAGGUGUAAAUGCUAAUACUCUGAAGGCAAGAUUGCUCGAAGCAAGGUUAGAGGGGCAUCAGGUUCGUCUGAAAGCAUCAAGAGGUUCCUCUAUCGGCGCAACCAGACAAUGAACAGGAUCGCGAGUGAGAUUUCUCUAGUGACAUGUUGUUGGUUCAUGAAGUAUUUUAGAUUGCAGAAACCUGGUUUGUUUCGCCGUGGCAUCAGUUUUGGAAUUUUCUCUGUAUAUUGUCAAGUGGGCAAAAGGACUUGAGCUCUUGUUUCCUUAAGCUGAAAGAAUUUCCUUAAAGAAACAAAUGAUUUCCCUUGUGCAAGUAGCAUCACCAGAAAUAAGCAAAGAAGGCUAAAUCAAGCAUAAGAAUAUUUAGUUGCUUGACUUGGAAAAUCAAUUUAUCGAUCAAGUUCACAUCAUGCAACUUUGAUUUAGUUGCUUGACCAGUUGACUUUGACUUUUGAAGUCCACAGAGCUGUCUCAUGAGGCCGCAGUCUCGCAUUACCUUCCCUCCAAACACGUAUAUAAUAUCAAGUCGUCGACGUUCACUUUCUCACAUUUAUAAAAGACUUCCCAAAGUUUUAAUAUCGUCAAAUAUCUCCUCUUGAUUUAUCUCUAUUCUACUGGACGCUCACGGAAUUAUUGACAUAUCGAGAACUCCGCGUGCAAAUCCCAAAAGUAAUAAAUAAAAAUUUUAAGAGUUUUUUUUGUAAAAAAUACAGCCCGAUCGAUGAUUGAUGACCAUUUCGCCAACGUCACAGCGUCUUCCAAAACCCAUUCUUUCUUCGCUCCCUCCAUUCCUUUCGAAUCAACGCCUCUUUCUUGACCUACCUACUGUCUCUCAUGGCGAAGAGAGCCCAGUUUCGGCGGAAGUAAAGUGGAGAAUCAGCAGAAGAGGAAUCUCCUUUCCGGUUGCCGAGAAAGGUUCGGUUUUGAUCUCCUUCUGCCCAUGAUAUGACCUCUUAUUCCGGUGCUCGAUCACGCCCGCUUGAUGUGAAAUCGAGUCCUUUUUGGUGAUGCAAGAGUAGAAAGUUGGAAUUUUGGUGGGGAUUUCUAGGAGGCGGGAAAAAGGUGGGUGUUUGGCGUUAAUCUGGAUGGCGUGAGGGUUUUGGGGGCGGGGAUUAAGGAAGCGUGAUAGGGUUUGUGAUCGCGGUGACAGAUGGAGGACCGAGGCAGGGAGUCUAAAUUGCCAGAACCUUCUGCCGGAGCUCGUUGAUAUCUCACUCCAUCGCUGCGGUCGCUGUGGCGUUACUCUUCAAGCAAAACUAUCAUGUCCCAGAUUAGAGCCUUCGUCCAAUGGACUUGCUGGAAUAGAGGUCAAAAAUCCUGAGACGUCGAAGAGAACUUCAGAGAACAAAGCUAUGGUUUCAGAUGCAAGCUUGCAGCCUGAUCUCGGUGCGGAAACAACCCUUUCUAUUGUAAGUGAAAGUGAAGAUAGCAUUUCUUCGAGGAAAAAUAACUGCUUGAAGGUAGAUGAUCUGUAUCAACCGACGUUACCGGUUGACGAUACUUGUAAAAAUGGGAAAACAAUAGUUGAGACAAUUUCACAUGAGGGAAGGGAAACCGAACAAUUGGUCGAUAAAUCUUUCUAUGCUCAGAAAGAAGUAGUCCGAGAUGCCAAGAAUGAUUGGAAUCCAAGGGCUUUCGGAAAAGGUGUUCAACUUGCUACCUAUCUUGAUGAAGGCCCAUCUGACUACUACCAUCAGAACCGAAGAGGUGCAUUUGCUGAUGUUGAUUUUGACAAGAAACAGAACCUUGCACCAAUUCGAAUGGAGCUUUUGAGAAUGCUUGAUGAAUUAAGAGAUCAGUUGCAAAAAACAUGUGAAGUCACAACCAAGCAAAAGAUGAGUUUCAUGGUUGAUCAAUCAACGACUUCCUCCAGUUCCUACACUCAUCAUGUCCAUGCCAAUACAUUUCCCGGUGCUUCAGUUCCAUUUAACCGAAAUCUUUCUAGUUGGGCUUCAAGAGAAUCAGAGCGCAAUGCAGUUCUCAGGAGCAGACAGUUCUCAGGAGUUUCUAGAGGCCACCAAACAACAUUGGGCUAUCAGGGCUCAUAUUGUACAAAUAAUGGUGAAUCACCUUAUCUUGCUUCUCCCUUGAUCUUGGGGUCUAGAAGUUAUAAUUCAAAAUUGAGAAGUGCUCCUUCUACUUCACUCGAGCCUCAGGUACAUCAGAGGGCCUUGUUCGGCAAGCAUGCUGAACGCUUGUGCCAUUCCUUUGCUGGCGGUGCCCCUUUCGUGAUAUGUAACCAUUGCUUUGAACUUCUGGAGCUACCUGGCAAAUCUUUGCUACUGAACAAGAAAAUGAAUAAACUGAAAUGUGGUGCUUGCUCCAAACUCAUUUCUGUUUAUUGCAAUGAAAGUAGAAAUGUGCUAUUAGCAUUGCCUGUUUCAUCCAACGACAACGAUGCUGCUGGCUAAAGCCCAGGCGGUUCCGACCAACAUACAAAUGAACGGUUAGUUUUAGGAUUUAGGGUUUGAAGAACAUGAAUGAGCUUGAAGAUAUGAAAAGGAUAUCCUCAACUUCUGCUACCUUUGAGCAGAUGAAAGAUUUAAAGUUUGCUGGGACAGUCUAUUCA